AUGAAAUACUUCAUUGCCGUUGUUGCCCUCGCCGCUUUGGUAGCUGCCAAGCCACAGGCUCCCCAGGAGCCCAUUGCCAUCCUCCGCCAAGCUGCUGACGUGGGACCCGAACAAUACCAAUACAGCUACGAAACCGCCAAUGGAAUCUCCGCAGAAGAGUUCGGUUCGCUGAAGGCUGCCCAGAACGAGGAAGGCGCUGCCAUUGCCGCUCAAGGCCAAUACACCUACACCGACGACCAGGGAAACAAAUUCCAAGUACAGUAUGUCGCUGACGAGAACGGAUUCCAGCCCCAGGGUGCCCACCUCCCAGUCGCCCCACCAGUACCAGAGGCCAUCGCAAGAGCUCUCGAAUACAUCGCAGCUCACCCACAGCCCGAGAAACAUUAA